AUGAAAGAAGCACCGCUGCAAGAUGACGACGCCCAGCUCGAGGCCAUGGGUCAUCGAGCCGAGCUGAAGCGGCAGUUUUCCACCUGGGCCAUGCUGGGCUUGGCUUUUGCCGUGCUGAAUUCGUGGACGGCACUUUCGGCCAGUUUGUCGAUUAGUUUGACCUCUGGCGGGAGCACAAGUGUCAUCUGGGGUCUCGUCACCGCGGGAUUUUGCAAUCUGUGCAUUGCGUCGUCGCUGGCGGAGUUUUUGUCCGCUUAUCCUACGGCGGGUGGUCAAUAUCACUGGGUGGCAGUCAUCGCUUGGCCAAAAUGGGUCCCCAUCCUCUCUUGGAUUACGGGCUGGAUAAAUUGCGCUGGAUGGGUUGCUCUCGUCGCUACCAACUCGCUAUUGUCUAGUCAGCUGAUCGUGGGCAUCAUCUCUUUGAUGCAUCCUAGCUAUGAUCCUCAACGCUGGCAUCAAUUCCUCAUCUACAUCGGCUUGACCAUGGGUGCAUUCUGCAUCAACGGAUUCGGCAACUCCAUCCUGCCUCUGAUAUACCGAGGUGCCUUCACCUGGUCCAUUGGCGGUUUUGUAGUCGUGUCCAUCACGGCCUUGGCUUGUGCCUCACCUGACUACAACUCGGCUUCCUUCGUAUUUGCGAACUUUAUCAACACCACGGGCUGGCCUGAUGGCGUGGCGUGGCUACUUGGAUUACUACAAGGAGGACUUGGUGUCACGGCAUUCGACGCUGUCGCACACAUGAUUGAAGAGGUCCCCAAUGCUUCCGUCGAGGGCCCAAAGAUCAUGGUAUCCUGCGUCGGAAUCGGUACUUUUACUGGCUUCAUCUUCCUCAUCGUCCUGCUUUUUGUCGCCGGCAGCAUGGACUCGGUCACGACUUCCGCCGCAGGGCCUCUCUUACAGAUUCUCUACGAUGCUACCAAGAACAAGGCGGGUGCCAUUUGUCUUCUCAUGCUUCCCCUCGUCUGUCUGAUCCUCGCUAUCCUCAGCGUGAUGACCACCAGCAGUCGUAUGAUCUUCGCUUUUUCCCGUGAUGGUGGCCUCCCAGCCUCCAAAUUCUUCGCUACCGUUCACCCAACUCUCAAGCUGCCGCUCAAUGCGCUCAUCCUCACCGUCGUCGUGGUGAUUUGCUUUGGAUGCAUCUUUUUGGGCUCUAGCAGCGCAUUCAACGCCAUCAUCUCUGGCGCCGUCGUCGCCCUCGACCUCUCCUACGCCAUGCCAAUCCUAGUCAACUGCCUCCAAGGACGCAAAGCCCUUCCCAAGGGAAAGUGGAAGCUACCGAAUGCAAUCGGGUGGAUUGCCGAUAUUGUCUCCCUGUCAUACAUCUCUCUGACAACUGUGCUCUUCGUCUUCCCUCCCUCCAGCACCGUCACCGGUAGCAGCAUGAACUACUGCAUUGCCGCCUUCGCCGUCAUCAUCAUUAUUUCCGCCUUCCAGUGGGUCGUCGACGGCCGCAAGAACUUCACCGGACCGCGCGUCGACUUGGCCAUCGACGCUCUGGAUACCACCCCGACGAACGAUACGGAGGAAAGACACGAGAAAUAA